AACACCCGAAAUAACCCGGAAAGAGUCGCCCGUCAAGAGUGGCACCUUCGCAACUCUCCCCCCACCUUGGGGGUUUCUGUAUGUUGAGCGGAAGUGCUCGAAAAUCAACGACUGCUAACGAAGAGCGGGCGGAGAUUAUCGAGCGGGCUCGAACGCGGUGUCGGAGGUCACUUCAGAGCGCCGAAGCCCCCUCCGGAAGUUUCCGAACGCCCCCGAAGCUCCGGGGAGGGCAAGCAGCGGCGCCACACAAGAUGGCGGACGGGGAGGAGGUUACUUUGGACGGGAGGCCGCUCCAGGCGUUGAGGGUCGCCGACCUGAAGGCGGCCUUGGAGCAGCGCGGGCUGGCUAAGAGCGGGCAGAAGAGCGCGUUGAUCAAGCGCCUCCGCGGGGCUCUGAUGCUUGAAAACCUCCAAAAGCACUCAACCCCACACACCACCUUCCAACCCAAUUCCCAGAUUGGCGAGGAGAUGAGCCAGAACAGCUUCAUCAAGCAGUACCUGGAAAAGCAGCAGGAAUUGCUGAGGCAGCGCCUGGAACGGGAGGCUCGGGAAGCAGCGGACCCAGAGAGCAAAAGCAGCGUUGUGUCCCGGGAGAGGGAAGAGUCAGAUGAGGAAGGAGCGAGAAGACCGGAGCAGCACCCCUCCCGGGUCAGGCAGGCCAGAGCUGUGAAGACCCCAGGAGGCGCCCAUGUCCCGAGCAGCGAAGAGAGGGAGACAUGUCUUAGGAGUCGGAGGGCAGCCCAGCGGGCUCCUGUAAAAAAUGAGGAGGAGGAGGAGGAGGAGGAAGAGGAAGAGGAAGAAGAGGACGAGGAGGAGGAAGAGGAAGAGGAGGAAGAGGAGGAAGCUGCCCCACUGCAGGCCGAACUGACGCCAAAGGGGCAGGCGGAGCCUAGUAGGCCGGCUCCUCAAGAGAAGGGGGUUUGCCAGGGUUCACCGCCUGUUGCCCUAGAGGCCCAGCAAAAAGAGGCCAUGGCUGACACCCCAGACACCCAAGGGUGCGAGGCAGCCGUGCCACUUCUCUCCCUCUCAGAGGGUCUGGUUGAGGGGGAGGCUGAGCCCGCAGCACCAGGAUGCAGGGAAGAGCAGCAGGCAACGGUAACACAAGAAACCCAGGAGCAUAAAGGGAGUCCCGAGCUACCAGGCCCCCAGGAAAAGGAGCCUGUCGGGGUCCCAGAAUUGGAGGCUGCGGCCCAGCUACCAGAAGCCUUAAAGGAGAAGACAGCUGAAGAUGUGGGGCCUUGCCGGGAGGAGCAGGGGGUGACUGAGCUCCGUGAGGCACGAGGAGACCAGGUGGCUACCUUGGGGGCGGCCCCAGCGGCUCCUCUGCAGCCCCUUCAGGUGGUGGUGGUGGAGGAGGAGCCCCAGAGAGAUGAAGAGCAGGAAGCAGCAGAGGCCCUGAAGACCCUGGAGGAGGAGGAGGAAGAGACGGCAGCCGCAGCCGCAGCCCUGAUUCAGGCAUCCCCCUCCCCCCCUCAGCUGAUUGAAGCACAACACGCCCAGCAAGAGCACGGGGGAGAUGAGCCGCCUCCCCCUCUCUUGACCAAGGAAGCCCCAGCUGGGCCCAGCCCUGCAGAAGACGAAGCCCCCCCUCAGCUCUCUGAACCGUCUCCCCCUGCUCAGGAAGUACCGGCUGCGGCCAGCCCCGGAGCCCCCGAGGAAAGGCCGGGCAACCCAGCAUCUCCCUCGUCUCUCCCGCAGCGCCAGCGAGAUCGGCCCGGUGGCUACAGCUCCUCCCGCUCCACCUCUUCCUCCUCCUCAGCAUCCAGCUCCUCCAGGUCCCGCUCUCGGGGCAGCUCACAACCCAGGUCCCGUGCAAGAAGGCCCCGCUCCGGCUCUUCCGAGUCGCCUGCCAGGAAGCGGCGGGCUUCGGGGUCCCCGUCCCGCUCUGGCUCUGAGCGGCAUAGCAGCUCAUGCUCAAGGUCGCGCUCCAGAUCGCGCUCCAGCAGCGACAGCAGCCAAAAGUCCCGCAGCCCUGGAGCCUCGAGGGACGGUACCAGCUAUCCCCACACCAAAGAGUCCUCCCCAACAGGGGAGACCCCCCCUGGCCACAGCCCCCAGACCCAGCAAGAUGUGUCACCAAGCCCCAGGGAAGAGGGAAUAACCACCCCUUCCCUGCCUUUGGACCCCCAGAGACACCCCAGCCACGUGCAGAAACAGCAGCAGGAGGACAUGGAGACCGCAGUUCCAGAGCGAGGCAGCCCAGAGCCCCCUUUUCCAAUGGACGCUACUGGCCUCGACGGCCGGGUCCCUGUCUUAGAGCCACAGCGCCCGUCUGAGCAACGGCACAGCAAAAACGAGGAGAAGCAAGAGGUGCCGAUGGAGCCUUCGGAGCCCCGACCAGAGAGCGAGGCCCCUGAGCCUGGCCCUGAUGAACCCCCAUCCUUGGAGGCCCCUGGACCCGACCCAGGCCCCGAAGAUGAUGAGAAGAAAGAGGGUUCAAUUCAGCCCAAGGCCUUCAAGAGGAAGAUAUCUGUUGUCUCGUCGUCAGUGGCCAAGGGCACAGCAGCUAUUAAUAGUGACACAGAGGGAGGCCAGCCAGGAGGCCGGAAACGGCGCUGGGGGGCCAGCACGGCCACCACACAGAAGAAACCUUCCAUCAGCAUCACCACAGAGUCCCUCAAGAGCCUGAUCCCUGAGAUCAAGCCGUCAGCAGGAGGGCAAGAAGUGGUGGUCGACCUCCACGCUGACGACUCGCGCAUCUCGGAAGAUGAAGCUGAGCGGCACCCAGAGGAGCCGCCCCAUGAGAAAGCCCUCAAGAUUUGCCGCACCGUCACACAGGUGGUGCCAGCAGAAGGUCAAGAGAACGGCCAAGGAGAGGAGGAGGAGGAGGAAGAGGAGGAGGAGGAGAAGGCACGCGAGGAAGAACCACCCGAGGCCCCUCCUGUUGUUGCCGUAGAGACAGUUGUGCUGCCUCCCCCUGUGGAGCACGAAGUGAAAAAAGUGACGCUGAGUGACACGCUGACCAGGCGGUCCAUCAGCCAGCAGCGUUCGGGCGUCUCCAUUACCAUUGACGACCCCGUCCGCACGGCCCAGGUUCCCUCCCCCCCACGCGGUAAGGUCAGCAGCAUCGUCCACAUCUGCAACCUGGUGAGACCCUUCACUCUAGGGCAGUUAAAGGAGCUGCUGGGCCGGACAGGCACCCUGGUGGAGGAGGCCUUCUGGAUCGACAAGAUCAAAUCCCACUGCUAUGUCACAUAUUCAACAGUGGAAGAAGCAGUAGCAACUCGCAACGCCCUCCACGGGGUCAAGUGGCCACAGUCAAAUCCCAAGUUCUUAUCAGCAGACUUUGCUGAGCAAGACGAGCUGGAUUUCCAUCGAGGCCUAUUGGCUGAGCGUCCUGCAGAAGCCAAGGCGGAUGAGGCGCUAGCACUCCCCGGGGUGGGCCUGGCAGUGCGGGGGGAGCGCGAGAUGUCCCGGCGCUCGGAGGCACGAGAGCGAGAGGCAGCCGUGCGGGAGCAGUGGGCCGAGCGGGAAAGAGAGAUGGAGCGCCGGGAGCGGACACGGGCGGAGCGGGAGUGGGACCGAGACAAGGUGCGAGACGGCCCCCGCUCUCGCUCCCGCUCCCGAGAGAGACGCCGCAAGGAGCGCCCCAAGUCCAAGGAGAAGAAAGCCGAGAAGAAGGAAAAGGCUCAGGAGGAACCCCCUGCAAAACUGCUUGACGAUCUUUUCCGCAAAACCAAGGCAGCCCCCUGCAUCUACUGGCUGCCUCUCACGGACACCCAGUACGUUCAGAAGCAGGCGGAGCGGGCAGCCAGAGCCCGGGAACGCGAGCGUCGGCGCAAGGAACAGGAAGCGGAGGAAGCCCGCCAGCGAGAGCGCAGCCGCCAAGCCGAGAGGGAGAAGAGGCGGGAGCACAGCCGGGAGCGGGAGCGCCCCAAUGCCACAGGAGGCGGGGCCAGCAGGGGAGGCGAGCGCAGUGGCCGGGACCGGGAGCGGCGCGAGGCAAAGACCCGCCACAGCCGGAGUCGGAGUCGCAGCACGCCUGUACAGGACAGGGGGGGGCGCCACUGACCUAUUCCAACUUCUUUACUUUGACCUGGAGGGGGGAGGGGGAGUGGCGGUGACACUUCCCCCACCCAUCUAGCCCUGGUUUUUCGGGGGGAGGAAUGGGACAGCCAGAGAUUUGGUUUUCCCUUUCCAGCAGCUUUGAAAGGAGGGGAAGGCGUGUGCUGCAAAUGUGAUAGCUGCGGGGGGGGAGGCAGGAGUUGUCCUCCUCUUCCACCCCUCCCAACUGGGAUGGUUUUCUCCCCAGCCCUUCCACUCCCCUCUUCUCCUGGGGGCCGUUCCCUCCCCAUUAAUUUGUAUUUUAUUUUGGGAAAAUGUUUUUUUUAUUAUUGUUCUGAUGAUACAGGAAAAGAGAGCAUAAUAAAGAGAUGGCGUUAGUUUUA